CAGGCGGGCAUGCGGUGUUAGUGCCGCCGCCGCCGCCGCCGCUUCUGCUCCCUGAGCCCGGGCUCCUCCUGCUUCUGUUGCCUCCGCCCUCCCAGGGCACGGGCUGCUUCGGCUCCUCCAGUUCUCUCCUCUUCUUCCUCCUCCGCCUCCUCCGCCUCUCGCCCUCCUGGCAAGCUGGUUGUACUUGUUACGGUGUCACAUCCUUCUUUCCAGCUGCAGUACCAACUUCCCUCCCAGCCAGCCUCCCUGCUUGGCAGAGGCUACAGCAAAGUGAUGGGAUAGAGCAGCAGCCGCUUGACUACCUCGGGCGCCAGUAUUUUAGUCCGUAGCAGCGUGGAUCGCCCCUUCCCGUCUCCUUAUCACAUUCCUGCCCUGCUUUUUAAGUCUCCCCGUUGUCUACCUCCUUUUUCGUGUUAUCCACCCCCUCCCCUAUUUCCUUGUUUCUUCCCUCUUUUAAUCUUUCAGUCCCCCACCCCCUUUUCCCUCUGUGCUUAUGAAUUUGGAUCGUUGAAUUCUCCUGCAAAGGGUAAAAUUUAGUGCCGCAGAAUAACAGUAUUAAGGGGUGGAAUAGGAGGUUGAGAUAUAUGUUGGGUAAAGGAGGAAAACGGAAGUUUGAUGAGCAUGAAGAUGGGCUGGAAGGCAAAGUGGUGUCUCCUACCGACGGUCCAUCUAAGGUGUCUUACACCUUACAGCGCCAGACUAUCUUCAACAUUUCCCUUAUGAAACUUUAUAACCACAGGCCAUUAACAGAGCCAAGCCUGCAAAAGACUGUUUUAAUUAACAACAUGUUGAGGCGGAUCCAGGAGGAACUCAAACAGGAAGGCAGCUUGAGGCCUAUGUUCAUCACCCCAUCGCAGCCUACAGAUCCUCUUGGAGACAACUUUCGAGAAGCUCAGCCUGCCUUUAGCCAUCUGGCCUCUCCGCCAGUCCACCCCACUGACUUAGCAAGCCCUACACCACUGGAGUCCUGCCUCACCCCUGCCUCUCUGCUUGAGGAUGACACUUUUUGCACUUCCCAGACUAUCUCGCUAGAUGGUCCUCCAAAAUUACCACCUCCAACGAUCCAACCAGUAAAGGACAGUUUCUCUUCAGCCUUGGAUGAAAUUGAGGAGCUCUGUCCAACACCUACCUCCGCUGAGGCAGUAGUAGCUACAGCAGCAGCAGAUACAACUGCGCCAGAUAACUCUAAGGAGAACUCCAGUGAAUCCAGCAUUCAAAAGCCUGAGGGUAUACAGGAGAACAGAAUGAGUGAGCCUAAACUCAUAGACUCGUUACCUGGCAAUUUUGAGAUCACAACUUCUACAGGUUUUCUUACAGACUUGACCCUGGAUGAUAUUCUCUUUGCAGACAUUGAUACGUCUAUGUAUGAUUUUGACCCUUGCACAUCCUCUACAGGGGCUGCCUCAAAAAUGGCUCCUGUCUCCGCAGAUGACCUCCUCAAAACUCUGGCACCCUACAGUACCCAGCCAGUAACCCCCAACCAGCCUUUCAAAAUGGACCUUACAGAACUGGAUCACAUUAUGGAGGUGCUUGUUGGGUCAUAGAGCGACAGCGACUUUUUAAAUGCACCAGUAUAAACCCUUGGUAGUAUUUUCACAAGGCCCCCUCUCCUUUCAAACCUACCAAGAAACACAUUCAGACACACACAUAUAUGCACGCACGCAAAUACACACACCACUGUGCAUGCGUCUUUGCUUGUCUUUUUUUUUUUAAGGAUCAUACUUGUUUUUGCUUCAAGCAGAGUUGGAGUGCCUUCAUUCAUGUAUGACCACUUUUAAUGUAUUUCUGAAAGUGGUUCCUCAAGGGAGACCUGAAAUCCUGAUAUAGGAAGAAAAUGCAUAUUGUAAAACAUAAAUAUGUUUGACAAAAAAAAAAUGUAAAAGCUAAGCACAAGGAUUAUGUUGGGAAAAAGCUGUAAAUUGCAUGUGCAUAUUUGUCUAUUUUUUCUAUAAGUUUUAUUGCAAGAGGUUAAAAUAUUAUUUAGAUAAUUGCAGUACCUUUUUGGCAUUUUAGCCCUGUCUAGGUUGACUUAGCAAUUCAGCCUUUUUAGAGGUAUUAAUGAUUCCUCUUUAAAUGUUGCAUUUACAUGGCUCUUUAGAAACUGCUACCCAAAUUUAUUUUAUAUUUUUGUAUAGAUUCUGCAAUUUAUGAUAUUGGGUUUUUUUCUUAGAAAAAGAAAAAGAAACAAAACAAAAUGCUGUUUAUACUCACAUGCACACAAAAAGGAAAUAGCUAUUUUGGUAGGAUUUGCUCACCCCGUUCCUGCAUAUACCUUCUGAUGUACAAGAACUGCUUGUAGUUUUAUACAGACUUGUAGUGUUUUAUAUGCAUAUAAUGGUGCAAAGAAAACUUUGGAUCAAAUCAGUCUGCAGCUGGCCUCCCUGAAUCCAGACACCCGUGCUUGAAGGAAAAGACCAAGGGCUCUUCCCCUGAAAGUUUCACAGAUAUUUACUCCCUGCUGCCUACUACUGUGAUUAACAAAAACCUUAGAGCCAUGUAUAUUCCAACACUGAUGUCAAACGGUUGGCAGGAAAUAGCUGUGAAACUUUAUUCUGAUGAAACUCCCUUGUUCUCCCUUCCCUCACUCCAAAAGGAUCAAUAAUUUAAAAUAUAUAUAUAUAUAUCCUCAAACCAAGCUCUUCUUAAAAAUUGCAAGACAGAUUCCAUCUUUAGUUUGACAGAGUAGAGUGUCCUUAAGUCCGUUGAGCUCAGCCUUCUCCUGUUUGCAGCUUUCCUGGUGAGAAACCUGUGCUCCUGGGAAGAUCUUCCUUUUUGGCGAGCACCGUUGACAAAGUGCCCCGUUCAGAUUCAGGCAGUAGGAAUCGGCGGGCUUUGGAGUACUUUACUCUGCCUUGUAGUAUUACCAUAGUGUCGGCAUCUAGUUUUAGAACAUCACAAUUUAGGCAGUUAAUCAGUUUUAAGGGGAAGCACACUGUGGCUGUAGCAGUUUGGGGCAGGUUGUUUUGUUUGAUUGUUUUGGAUUUUUAUUUUGUUUAAAGCUUGAAAGUAAGUUGCAUUGAGAUCAGUGGCAAUUCCUUCCAAGAAACUGAAUUUAGGAUCAGGGUGAAAAAGGCCCUUUGUCUCUCUGACAGUGUAAUUCUAAUGUACCUUAUUUCUUCUAAUCAUUCUUAUGAUUAUUCUUGCCCUUUGCUUGGAACAUUAAUAUUCUUAUUCACUGUGUUGGCAAGUGCUGAAAAAAAAAGGCAACUUCAGUAUUACUGCAGUGAAAUCAUCUCUUAUCAGCACUGGAUGGACUCACUCAAGUAUCCAUUGCUCUUAAAACUGGAGCUGGUUGUGCUUUGAACACUUGGUAUCUUUUCUGGGGUUGGUCUCUUGAUUCAACUCUGUUCCUUGCUUUAUACUUUAUAUGGCCUGUUUGACAAUGUAUUGAAACUGCAUCCUUCUGUGCAUGUUUCCUCCCCACUUAAGUCUUCUCAUUUCUGCACCUGUUGCAAUUUUUCUCUCUCUGUUCAUUGUGAUGUACAUUUGUGUUAAAGAAAACUUGCAAUGUUAUCAUGCCUGUUGCCGAGAUUGCUAUGGCAUAUUAAUUUUAAAUGGUACUUAAUUGAGUGCAGGUUACAAACUAUACUGUUGAUAUGCAUAUGGCUUCUUUAGGAAUAACUUUUAUAUUUAUUUAAGAAAUUUUAAAUUAUGUUUUAUGUAAUUUGGCAAUAUUCAGUUGGUUCUGCUCACUUCUUAUCAUGGAUUUUUAAAAAUUGGGUCUUGUCUGCCUUUAAGAAGGCAGCUUUAUAAACUGGCACUUUAGAACAGGCCAUAUCUAUUUAUUUAAAAUGCAUGUAAUUUAUUAUAUGUAAUGCACACAGUUUUCAAUUCCUGUCCAAACUAUCUGUGUAAUUAGAGUCCUGCGUGCCUGCACUAAGUAUACUAUGCCAAAUUAUCAACUAAACCCUAAUAAGUUAAUCAGAUUUUGCUAUCUUGAAAAGUCUAUCUCACUCAAAUAACAGUGUGGUCAUAAAAUAAAUUUGAAGUUGCUUGUCUUUAUAAGCAAGCAUAUUUUUGCCAAUUAUUGGUGUUGUGGGGAGGGAAAAAAAAGAGCUGGCACAUUCAGAACUUUUAACUAGAAGCUAUGUCAACCUAUUUAGAUUGCAAAAUGCCCUGAACAAGGGCCUGUUCUCUGUUGUUGGUCUGGUAAUCACUAGGAAUAUGGCUGGUACUGUAUAAAGUAAUACAGUUUCAUUAGGACUUUGUGGGUCUGAGAAGAUUAGGUCUUCCAAAUCUGAGCUGCAGAAAACUAAAAGACCACUAAAUUGUAGCAAAGAGAUUCGAAAACCUAUCUUUGUUUCCACCUCUUGGUUUUCCAGAUCUUUGCAGAACCAGAUAUGGUAGCCAGAUGUGGUAGAGAAGAUGAAAUAAAAUGCUUCCUGAUGUAAUAGGGUAAUCUUGGGUGCAGGUAUCUGCAAUGCUAGAAAGCACUCAAUUUAGUUUUAAUCAGCUAAUCAGGAUGGCAGCAUCCCAAGCCUUUGCUGGAACAGUCUUAGGUUUAGAUUAAAAUUAAGAAAUGUCAAGGAAAAAAUGUAAACAAACGAGAUUUACCAUUGUCAAAAAACUGAUUUUACAUGUAAUCCAGAAACAAUACUCUCCUCUUUGGAGGAGCUUAUGGAUUAUAUAAACAAGAACCACAUGUUGGGCAGGAGUUCAAAUUAACACCAUUUUAGAGAGGAACAGUAGAUUUGUUUUUCAAAUGCUAACCUUGCUGUACAAAGCAAAGCCAUUUGAAACUCUGAGCAGAAAUCAGUCCUGGUUUAAACCUUCUGUGAGGCAAGUGGGUGCGAUUAUGGCAGAUAGUACAUCUGCCCUAUAGAAUUAGACACCCAAAUGGUGUGUGCCUCACAGAAAUACCAACUGAAAUAGUUUGUCUUUAUAAUAUAACCUCUUCUCUUAAAGGAUCAGAACUUACCGGGCUACGGUUCCUCUUUUCCCCACCCCCCAAAUUCCACCUUGAAUGUUGGGGACAUUUUUAAUGACACCUACGUGCAAUGAAGUGGCAAGAAGAGAGCAGAAUUAAAAAGAGCUGUUUGAAUUUGAAGUGAUUUUUCCAUUUUGUUUUUCAUAAGUUAUUUAUUCCAUUUUAUUUUUCUUUUGUAAAUAUAUUUAUUUUAUUGUGAAGCUAACAACAUCUGGAUUGUAACAUGUACAGAAUGUAUGGUAGGAAUGUAUUCUCUUGUAGGAAUGUGAAAUCCAUACAAGAGGGAGCUGAAAGUUAGAUUUGGAGAUUAUUAUCUGGGUUCUGUUCAGAAUACAUGUCAUUCACCAGAUCUCUCUCCCGCCUCUCCUGCUUUUCUCUACUGAGAGUCACUCUCAUUCUAUAGAACAUGCAAAUACACACACACACACACACACACUUACUCCUGAAUAAGCAUGUGCAGAAUUUCAGUCUUAAAGGCCUAAAGUGAUAUAUUCUCACUCUGGUAGCUGGAACUGAAUGGGGAUGUGUUAGCGUGGUAUAGCCUAAGUAUGUUUGCUGAUGAACAAAGGAAGAGCAUUUAAGAUUUCUCUCCCUUCAAGUUGCACAGAAGCAGCAUGCACCACAAGUUUCAUCCGAGAGAGACUGGACAGAGCAAGCUGGCUUCUUGCAAUGGAAGAUGAUGUAGGGUGAAAGCCGCUUUCCUACCAAACAGUUCAAUUGCUUUGGCAACCUGAGCUUCACACCACAGCAAUUUAUUUUUCCCCCCGAGUUUUAGUUUGGAACUGCUACUGCUUAAAACUAGGAAAUUAAUGGGGAGGGGGAGCUCAAAUCCAUUAUCCAACCUAAGUUUACCCUUUACUUUACACACAAGUGUGCCUUUUUUUCUGCAGUGUGUGUAAAGUGGUAUAACACAACCUGUUUCAAAAAUGCAUGUUUACACCUUGUCACCGCUUCCUUUCAAAUGGUUAGGCAUAACUAGCUGUUUAAGAAGCACUGUUGAGAGUGACCUGUCAUUGAUCAGAUAUGGCAGAUGUACAGUGCGUUGUAUAUUAAUGCGUGCAUCCACUGGCAUGUCCUUAUGAGACUUCUCAGGUCCGGACAAAAAGCAAUGCAGAAGCCAGUAGUAGGAGAGGGAACAUGGGGCAUUCCAUGACCAAGCUGAUUUUUAGGUCUGAGUGUAGAUGGCAGUGUAUCACAGAGUUUGCAAUAACUCCUUGCCUGCUAGCUGCUAUGUAGCUUGCAGAUUAACUGCCCUAGACUUAUGUUUUAUGAAACUGAACAAGGAAGCCUCUAGGAGCAACAUGGUAGAAGUUAAUAUGGAACAAAAUCUAUGGAAGAAUAUGAUCAUCCUAUCAGAAAACAAUUCAAAGCAUUUGCAUUCACAUUUCUGUUGGGUUUUGCAACUAUGAAUGCAGAUUAAGUGACCAAAAUGUAGAUUUAUCAGUGCAAAUGUUUGUACGAAAUUUCCAAGGAUUAAUAAGGACAUACCUCAUAGUAGGUGUAAGCCAUACUGAAAAGCUAACAUGUUCUGUGGGAGACUUUACAUAUUGGUUUCAAAGACAGGCCCUUGUUUCCACUUUUUAAGACAGUUCAUCAGCCCAGAGGCAAAAUCUGAUCUAACUAUAACCCCCACCCUUCCUAGGGAAGUAUUUCUAGAGAAGAGCAAACAGAUCUUAAGACCCUCAGUAAAAUGCUGUGGUUUGAAGCAUUCUGUGGGGGAAGCUGUUCUAGUCUCUUGGGUUGGAGGGAACAUCUGAUAGGCUGUGUGAACUCUGACUCCAAGCCCCAAAUUCACAUCUCCCACCCUUCCUCAGAACCUCAUCUGUGCUGGGCAGCGAGGUGAAGGUCUAGCCUGAAUCUGGCUCCACAGAGCAGAUGCGUAAGCAGGCAGCGUUUAGGCUUCUCGGACACAGAACUGUGGGCACUCUGUGGGCAGUGCCAAGGACAUGGUGCCAUGAAGCUCCUCUCCCUCUCAGACAGUUACCUGCAGGAGAGAGACUUCCCACAUGGAAACUGUUGCCACCAACAUUACUCUUCCCUGCUAGUUGAUCUGCUUUGCAGUGAGAGACAGAAUUAAGACUACCUUUUCAGAGAGGCCAGGAUGAGAAUAAAUUGUACCAUGUGAUUUUUUUCCCCUUAAUGUCUUGUAGAACCUGACUUGUGAAUCUAAAGUUUACAGUUGAAUAACAGCCAUGAGCAAAUGGACACGCACCCUCCUGAGAAGUGGCUCUUUGGAUCUAGAAUGUAAUUGUGAUUGUUAAAAAUGAAAAUCCAGGACCUUGCUUUUAUUAAUAUGCUUAUAACAUGGCUGAACUUUUAUUUUGGGAACUUCCGCUCAUUUUAUAAUCUUUUUUUUUCAAUGUUAAAAAUAAUUCUAAUCCAAUUUUGGAUCUUGUUUUCAUUUUUUUUUAAAGACAAAACCUUGUAGAUGCUUAACAUUGUAAUCCACACAAGGGUCUCUUAAAGCAGAGAUUUCAGGGGAGGGGGAAGAGAGAAGGUGUAAAAAUGAGGAUACAUUUGGUGCAUGGUUGUUUUAAAACAAGGCUUGUUUUGUCCCAAAUGCUGGUAUUUUCUCCCUCUGCCCCCACUCCCAUCCCGCAACAGACCUUAGAGCUGUGCCUUUUCUAUGCAAUAUUACAGACAUAUACAUCUGAAACCAGAUUACUGUAUUCACUUGUAGGUAUGGGCUGUAAUAAUAAUUAAAAAAUGGGCAAAUUACAUGGAAAUGAGCAGUCUUACUUUUGUAGUUUUAUAUUAUACAAUAAACAAUUUAAAAAGAAA